CUAUUACCUUCUUGUGCCCAGUACCCUGAAAGUUCGAACGUCAAAGAGAAAAUUCAAAAUGUCGGUCAAGGGAAGCUAAACACUUAUUAAUGUCCGAUUUUCUCGAAGAAAAGUCUGAAAUGCCUCCGCGUAUUUCUCCUGUGGAUACUCCUCAAGGAGGAGAAAAUUCUGAUUCAGAAGAGGACGAACCAGUGGUACCAGCAAUCAUGGAAACCUCCAGUAGUGACGACGAGGACAAUAAUGAUAUCGAUAGCGAUGAUCUUACUCAAGGCUAUGUUCAACUGGCUCAGGAUGAUAAUGACGGACUACAACCUGCAGAGCAAUGGCUAGCCAACACAGGGGAGGAGGAGGCCCCACAUGUAAAUGAUGCAGUAAUUAUUAAUACGAGUGAAAGCAGUAUGUCAUCAUCUUCGUCAUCAUCUGUUGACAGAAGUGCUGAGCCAGAAAUGAAACAAGAACAAGUAGAUCUCAUCAGACAAGUGAUGUCAGGAAUCACUCUUCCUACAUCAGCAGUUCCGGAGUGGGCCAAAGUUAUACCAGAAGAAAAGUGGAAAGCAUCACUAGUGUCAAGUAUAAAAAAUAGAACUUUUACAGAACCAGACAGUGGAAAAAGCAAUUAGAUUAUAAUUUAUCUGGUUGGUUAAAAUACUUAGUUUAAACUUUUGAACCCCAAUUUCUCCUCACAAAGUUAAGAUGAAUAAAGGAAAUGAUCCCCAGCCUAAGAAGCUCUGGAUUAAGAAACAAAUACUCAGUGUAUGCACCUUAGGAAAUAUGAAGAGAAUAACAUGGAGAAUUAUGCUUACUGAUGUAAAGGUGUGUAGGGUUAAUACAGUUUUGUUGCACAAUUAAUAAUUUCAUUGAUAAGGCACCCAAGACCAGUCACAGUAUAGACUAAUGGGUGAGGAAAUGGAGUUCAUCUCAGCUUGCUACACAACAAUUCACCACCUCAGUCAGUAAAAAAAGUAAUGUCAUUGCCUUAAAUGUGUUCUUUGGGAUAGGCUGUAUUGUGGUUGGUCAGCAAUGGUGGGUGACUGGAAUUGAAGUAGCUCUACCACUGUAAAACAGUGUUGUAAAAUAAUUGUUAUAUUUCAAUAUUAUAAGACAAGGAGGUCUCUUUUCAGAGUUUAAAAAAUUAAUAACAUGAGGCUUGGGUGGUCAUCACUCGAAAAAGUGACCAUAUGGUUCAGACUUUGGUGUCAGUCUGCAACUGAACUUUGUCAAACAUUGUUGGGGUCAUUUACUGUGUUAGACUACCUCACACAUUUCAAAUUAAUCAAGACAAACAUUAACCUUCAAGAAAGAGUUGCCAUUAGGUCAUUCUUCAAAUCUGAUUUACAGAAAUCCCUGAUUGACUUCCAGUCAAAAAGCUUUCUGUGUCAAAGCAACAAAUUCUGGCUUAUAGUGCCAACCGUGCUUCCAAAAAUUCAGCUCCUUAUUUUGGAGCAACUAUAUGGAAUUGUUAAAGAGUAUCUGCAAGUCACAGUAUUUUCUAGCUACACAGUUACAUAGUUUCUCAGUUAAAAGGCACACAGUUUUUUCAAGAAAAUUCUGUCUUCGCGUGGAAAGUUGGUGCUGAAAUUGGGGUGCAUCUUACAGCCAAGUAUUUUUGUGCAAAAAAAAAUCUCAAGAUCACACUUUUGGCUGAACCUACAGUUAAAAAGACAAGAAAAGGACACUAAUCGUUGAUCAUUGACUUUUUUGGUUCUGAAAAGAACUGGGGUGGGUUUGAAAAGAGGGAAGAGGGAAAUUCUAAAUUUACUGAUGAGAGAGUAUCGUUACUACAAAUGCCCUUGUAAUACUCCAUUUAAUAUCCUUGGGGAAGAGGUGGGUCCUUUUGUACAAUUGAGAGUAACUUAUUUUUGAUUAAUACCUGUUUAUUUCUCAUGUAAAGAAUGGUAUCUGAACAAUGUCUUUUCAAAAUUACUUCCGUCCCCCACCCCACCAUCACUACCUUUUCAAAUUUUUUUUCAAAUUUUUUUCCAUUUUGGACACACGUAAGAUAGCCUGUGUCGCAAACAGUCUAAAGCAUUGGACUAUACCGGGGAUUGUGUGACACCUCCGGCUGCAGCACAGGUUAAUGUAAGAGAGAGUUCUCAAUUUUUUUUUUUCUGGCUGAACUUUAAAACCCACAGCUUAAGUAAAAAUGCAAUUUGAGAUUGAGCAGUAAUAGUAUAUUGUAAAUUUAACAAGGUGAUUUACUAACUAAGAUUAAUUUGGCCAUUUAGUAUAGAUAGGGAUUUUAUUUUUAAUUUACCAUUCUUCUUUGGACAAAAAUUUUGAAAAAAACUCAAAACAGAAAUUUGAGUGAUCAUGAUUUCAAUUUUCUGAUAAACAUUAAGUAAAAACCUGGGUAGAAAAUUUUCACUUCCCCCAGAUAAGCUUUUUGAAGCUUUGAACAAACACACUGGUGUUUGUUGUAUUUUUCCUGUCACACCAUGUUGACAAGACAUAACCAGGUGGAAACAGCUGCCCAGCUGGCAGACUGUUACACCUUGGCUUUUAGUUAACUUAAUUGGCUCCAUCAUAUUUUUUGCUCCAAUAAAUUUCCUACCUCAAGUCCCAACCUUUUUUUAAAAACAAAUUCUGUUUAUUUUGCUACCUGCUAUAAUGAAAGAAUAAUAAUCAAUGUAGAGUGAUAGUGGGUAUUUUAACUACUUUAUUAAUUCCUAUCUAAUAAUAAACCUAAAACAUAAACUGCAUAUAAAUUAACUUGCAUGGCUGAAGCAAAAUAAGUGUUUCUCUGGUAAAAUCAUCAACAUAAAACCAACUGUUUGGAAUUAAAUCUUUCAAAUACUUGUGAACGAUAAAUAGUCAAAAAGUCAAUAUUUACAAAGAGAAUAAUAAAGACUGAUAAUGUUGCUCAG